CCUGCCCGGGACUCUAGCGUGAGGAUGGCAGCGGCAGGGGCCCGGCCCCACCUGGGUUCGCCAAGGCGGGCGGCCAGGCACAUACCCCAAGCUGCCGCUUCGGCGCCGUGGACCCCAGUGUCGUGCGGCAGGAUCCCAGGCCUGCCCCAGAGCCCAGACGGCUGCACUUUCAUGCCGAUAGCCCAGGCGAUCCCUCUGCAGGUGGACAUGGCCAUGGCCCUGCAGCGCGUGAGGAUUGCCGAGAAGUACGGGAAGAACUACCUCUGCCUCCUGCAAGCAGUCUUCGUGGCAGGUAAGUCGCCUCCUCUCAUCUCCUCCCUGGCGGCCUCUGGCUCGCUUGCCCUCUUCUCUCUCACCUGCUGCCUCCCCAGCCCUCCCGGCUUUUCUUUAUUUUCCAGUCCACACCCCUCCCCGUGCGCACUUUGUCUUCCAGUCCACACACCGCCCUCCGCCCACCGCGCGCACACACGCUUUCGUGCUGCAGUGGCGCUCCCAGUCACGAACUCGCUGGGUCAUCCGUUCUCUGUUCCUCUGGCCAGCUGCCGCGCUGCGGGCGUGCAGCUCUGCUCUCAACUCGGACCCUGCAGGGCUGUGGGAAAGUGCAGGAAGCGGUAUGAGCAUGUCUCUGCCAUUGCUGGUUCUGGUCUUCUAUCCCCUUCUCACCCACUUUGGUGCGUCCCCGGAGAAGUGGGAAUAGAGUGUCAACACUGCAUCUCACACAGCAGAACCCAGCCUCCUUGAG